GUGUGGCGGAAAUCACGGCAUCAUGAAGCGGCUGACUGUGUGCGCGCUUACUGUCACUUUAAUCGCCGCGGUGUUGGCCGUGAAAUCCCCGUACCAGUCUGUUCUUCAGCACAGUCGGAUAAGAGGCAGACAGCAUGGCCCCAACGUUUGUGCUAUGCAGAAGAUCCAAGGAACCGAUAAGAAGUAUUUCACCAACUGCAAGCAGUGGUACCGCCGCAAAAUAUGCGGCAAACCAACUGUGGUUACCUAUGAAUGUUGCCCUGGUUAUGAAAAGGUGCUGGGAGAGAAAGGCUGUCCUGCAGCUCUUCCUUUGGUGAAUAUCUACAACACCCUGGGGGUGGUUGGAGCUACUACUACUAAGAUGUACUCUGACAGAGCUAAACUGAAAGCGGAAAUUGAGGGACCUGGCAGUUUUACUUUCUUUGCCCCAAGUAAUGAAGCUUGGGCGGCCCUCCCCGUUGAAAUUCUGGAUGCCUUGGUGAGCAAUGUCAACAUUGAGCUCCUCAAUGCAUUGCACUACCACAUGAUUAACAAGCGUUUGACUUCGGAUGACCUCAAACACGGGUCCGCCUUCCCCUCAAUGUACCACGAUUUUGAUGUUCAUAUCCAGCACUAUUCCAAUGGAAUUGUGACUGUAAACUGUGCAAGGCUGGUGAAGACAGACCAGCAUGCCACUAAUGGAAUAGUGCAUGUCGUCGACAGAGUUAUCACAGCCGUCACCAAUAAUGUUCAGUCUUUUCUGGACACUGAUGAUGAUCUGACAAAACUGCAACAAGCUGUCAGUGAUGCUGGGCUUACCUCAGUGUUGGAGAACAAGGGUUCCUAUACAUUAUUUGCUCCAAGCAAUGAAGCGUUUGAGAAGAUUCCUGCAGAAAUGCUGAACAGAAUCUUCAAUGAUCCAGUUGCUCUUAAAGAUUUGGUGAAUUACCACAUCCUGAAGUCCAUCCACUGUGCUGAGUCCAUUGUGGCAGGGACUCCUUUGGAGACACUUCAGGGCACAGUGCUGGAAGUGGGCUGUGAUGGAGACAAAAUUACCCUCAAUGGCAAAGCCAUUGUCACAAACACAGACAAACUGGGCGCCAAUGGAGUUGUCCAUUACAUUAAUGAGCUUCUUAUCCCUGACUCAGUUAAGACCUUGAAGGAACUUGCUGAAGGUCUUCCACAAGUUUCCAUAGCUACGAAGCAUUUCAUAGAUGCUGGUCUAAAUCCUCAGCUUUCAGGCUCAGAAGCAUUUACAUUGAUAGCACCUCAAAAUGAUGCUUUCAAAGGUGGUUUUACCAUGACACCUGAAGUGAGAAAACUGAUGAGGAGCCAUGUUCUGAAGGGGAAACUCUCCUCCAAGAGUCUAUACCAUGGACAGGAGCUGGAAACCAUUGAAGGAACUAAACUUAGAGUGUUCAUAUAUAGAAAUAACCUCUGCUUUGAGAACGCCUGUAUCGCUGCCCAUGACAAAAAUGGCCGCCACGGCACUCUGUUGAUCGUGGAUAAGAUUCUGGCUCCUCCCGUGGGUACUGUUAUGGAUGUUCUAAAGGCAGACAAUCGUUUCAGCACCUUGGUUGGCAACAUACAGAGGGCAGGCAUGACUGAGCUGCUGAACAAGAAAGGGACCUACACCAUCUUUGCCCCCACCAGCGAUGCUUUCCGUUCCAUACCCACAAAUGAGCUCAACAAAAUCACAAGAGAUCCCAGAGAGCUUGUCAAACUUCUGAAGUACCACAUAGGUGAGGAGUUUAUUGUUAGUGGUGGAGUGACCUCUCAUACCAGAGUUAAGCCCAUGUCAGGAGAGAGGCUCGAGCUAGGCCUGAAGAACUCCACUAUGUACGUCAACAGGGUGCAGGUCGUUGAUGCUGACUUGAUGGCUACUAAUGGAGUUGUACAUGCCAUUAAUUCAAUCAUAAAGCCACUACCUCCAAAAGUUGUGAGUGACCAAGCAGCGGACUCUUCAGCAAAGCGUUCCACAGCAGUGAGGAUUGGUACACAAGCUAUAAAAAAUGAUGAUCUUUUCCAGAAGGUUUUGAACAGUCACUCCAGCAGAACAAUUACCCAAGUCCAGUAAAUUCAGUGGUUUUGUGAAAAACUGAAGUUAAUCUCAACCGCCACUGCUCUUGGAAGGCUGACAUGCACAAUGAGUAAUCUUUCUGUAAGCAGGGAAGAGGUAAUUAACUGAUUUACAGCAAAAGCAACGUCAACAAAGCAGGGAAAAUAGAUGGUUUAAAAGUGUAAGCAUUUCAGAAUUGUGUGCGAAUGUCAAAGACCAUGUUGAUGGUAACUAGUUAUGUAUUUGUUUAAUUGACGUGUAUCUCAAUUUAAGUCUGAUUUUGUGCUCUAGAGCUGGUUUUAAGAAAUGUUAACUCUUUAAUUUGUUUUCUACUUUUGGUUUGUGUGCGUGUGUUUUUAAUUUUUUUUUUUAUUUUUAUAUACAUGUAGCAUGUUUGCAUGGUUUACGUUGGGACAAAAAUUGCUAUUCUGGCACAGGAGGUGCAGGUCAGGUUUACUUUUCUUUAUGGUGCAGAAGCUGUUCCUAUACAAAACGGACACAGUUCAUUCAGACUUGACUGAACACUUUUUAGUUUUUGGCAAAAGUGUCAUUUCGGUACACCCACUCAUCAGACUCCUCAGCCAAGAUCUUACAGACAAAAUGUCUCCAUAACUCCAAGCUGCCACAGUGGGGGAAAAAAAAUUAACAUAUAAGUACUUUUUUCCUCAUUAAAAUCUUCAUAGGCUGUCAUGUCAUUAAAAAAAAUAAGGUUAGUUUGCACAUACUGAUAAAUUCAGAUAUUUCCAAAAGGCUGGGAAAAGCAAUCCUGGAGCUCAGUGACAUCAUUACGGUGAGCAUUUUGUCUGCUUAAUCUUGGUGCAGCUGUUGAAUGUGUGAAUGAACAAAAUCUUUCUGGUGAAGACCUUCUGCCAAAUUUAAUCGGAAUAGAUACUACGCACUGUACUGUAGAAAUAUUGUGUGGAACCAAAGAACAAUAUUUACACAUUUCGCAAUAAAAUGACCAUUUUUAACCAGA